AUGUCAGCACAAAAUCCUGUCGCAUCAGGAAACAAUCACGAACACGAGUCGAACCUUGCCCCUGAUCAGCCCGAGAUUACACAUGGACUCCUUCACGAAAUCCGUUGCUACCCCAAGAUUGUCGCGUAUUCCUUCGGUCUCGCCCUGAAUUUCCUUCUCACUGGGUACGAUACUGUUAUUCUCGGCACGAUCACCGCUGUCCCAUACUUCAAACGUGAAUUCGGCCAGGUGUACGACGACGCAUAUAUCAUCCCGGCAGCAUGGCUAUCGGUAUGGAGUGCAAUGGCACCGAUAGGGUCAAUGCUGGGUGCAGCUGCAGCUGGAUGGCUCCAGGAUCGGCUCGGUCGUCGCAUGUCGCUGGCCCUGAGCUCUGUGAUAUGCGCAAUCGGGAUCGCCAUCGCGUUUUGCUCGAAUCUCCCCGAUGGCAUGGAGUGUAGGAGAGGUGCAUUUCUCGUCGGACGUCUCAUUCAAGGGUGGGGAGUUGGAGGUGCUAUGGCUGGAGCCCAGACAUAUCUCUCAGAGUCGGUUCCCACCAGUCUGAGAGGAUCUGCAAUGGCACUUUCGCCAACUUUCAUGCUCUUAGGGGAGCUCAUCGGCGCGGCCGUUAUUUUUGCCUGUGAAAAGAAAGACUCUGCAGCCGCAUAUCUGAUUCCAUUUGGUACCCAAUGGAUUUUUACCAUUCUGCCAUUCGCCUUGGCAAUCGUCAUGCCGGAAAGUCCAUCUUAUCUCAUCCGGACCGGCAACUACGACAAGGCAUACCAGGCGAUGAAGUCCCUGCACACGACAGGAAUCGAUGUCACUCCCUUGUUGAAUCAAAUGCAAAUAUCCAUUGCCCACGAGCAGGAAGUUUCUCAAGAGCUAUCGUAUCUUGAUUGCUUUAAAGGAAUCAAUAGACGCCGAACGGCUGUUGUGGGAUUCGCAUUCAUGGUUCCUAGCUUUUUUGGAGUUCCACUGUUAGCUAGCGCAAGCUAUUUCAUGCAAGUGGUUGGUAUGGACUCUAGUCUCAGUAUCAUUGUUCUGAUUCUCGGCAUUGUCUUGGGAUUGUUAGCCAACGCGGUCGGUAUCUGGUUUAUGAGUCUCAUGGGAAGGCGCCGCCUCAUGCUCAUUACACUAGCCAUCACUACGGCCAUAUGGUUAAGUAUGGGAAUUUCUGGUUGCUGGUCAGGAAAUGUUGUGAUCUGUGGCCGGCGAAGCUUCUUCCUGCGACUUCGUGCUAAGACUCAAGGCAUUGGCGUUUUUUGCUACAUGUUGUCUAACGUGGUUUUCAACCUCGUCUUGCCAUAUAUUUACAACACCGAUGCUGGAGACCUUAAAGGCAAAACUGGAUUUGUGUAUGCCGGGCUGUGCUUCAUGACAUUUGUGAUCACAUGGUUAAUUAUUCCGGAGAUGAAAGGUCGCUCGGCUUUGGAUAUCGACGCGAUGUUUGAAGCCAAAAUACCUUGCAGACAGUUCAAGAACUGGUCUAGUGAGGACAUGCCUCAUAAAGAGGGAGCAGUCUAG